AUGGACCGUGAUGAGCCCCUCGCAAGGAGGACCGCAUCGCCGGCGGCGGCACCACCACCAGCACCGUCUUCUCCAGGCUCGGCUGUCAUGGAAAGUGGGGGCAAUGCCAGACGGGCCCCUCCGCGGAGGGCGAGCGGAGGCGGCGAGGCUGCAGCUGCUGGGGCGGCUGCAGCGGCCCCUGUCGCUCCGGCUCCUGCGGCUGGGAAGGGCAUGAAUAUUGAUGGGCCGAGCGGCGGCGGCGGCGGCCGGGCGGACAAGGACCCUGCCGCGAUGCCGAAAGGAGGCAGAGCCGCGGCCCCGGCCCCUCUCCCCCGCCUGCCUUACGCCAAGGAUCCCAAACUGGUCCACCAGCGCUUCCUGCGGAGGAGCGUGGUCGACUCCGACCAGGAGGAGCCCACCUUCGAGCCCGCCGAGCCAGAACAGCAGCAGCAACAGCAGAAGAAGAUCCUCCUCCUCUCCAAAACCAGGAGGAUCAUCGCCGAGAGGGUCAAGGCCGGCCAGCCGGUAGUGGAAGAGAAGGGGCCGGGGAAAGAGGCCGUCCCGCAGGCCGAGGUCCCUGAAGCCCUCCCGGCCCGCGGCCCGGAGAAGGAGGACAGCAAGGAUGCGGAGAAGAAAGAGGUGCCGGAGCCCUCCAAAGAACAGAGCAAGUCUAAGAGAGAGGAGGCUGAGGAGGAAGAGGAGGAGGCCGACAUGAAAGCUGUGGCCACCUCCCCCGACGGCAGGUUUUUAAAGUUUGACAUAGAGCUUGGAAGAGGGUCUUUCAAAACAGUCUACAAAGGGUUAGACACGGAGACUUGGGUGGAAGUGGCUUGGUGUGAACUUCAGGAUAGAAAGCUGACAAAAGCAGAAAGGCAGAGGUUUAAAGAAGAAGCAGAGAUGUUGAAAGGUCUUCAGCACCCAAACAUAGUUAGGUUUUAUGACUUUUGGGAAUCAUGUUUAAAGGGAAAGAAAUGCAUUGUGCUGGUUACAGAAUUGAUGACCUCUGGAACUCUGAAAACUUAUUUGAAGAGAUUUAAAGUGAUGAAACCAAAAGUCCUUCGUAGCUGGUGCCGGCAAAUCCUGAAGGGUCUACUUUUUCUGCACACCAGAACUCCACCAAUCAUUCACAGAGACUUAAAAUGUGACAAUAUUUUUAUUACUGGACCAACUGGCUCUGUGAAGAUCGGUGACUUGGGUCUGGCAACUCUCAAAAGAGCUUCGUUUGCCAAAAGUGUAAUAGGUACUCCAGAAUUUAUGGCUCCAGAAAUGUAUGAAGAGCACUAUGAUGAAUCUGUGGAUGUAUAUGCUUUUGGAAUGUGUAUGUUGGAAAUGGCUACCUCAGAAUAUCCAUAUUCAGAAUGCCAGAAUGCUGCUCAAAUUUAUAGAAAAGUAACCUGUGGUGUCAAGCCAGCAAGUUUUGAUAAAGUUACUGAUCCUGAAAUUAAGGAGAUAAUUGGAGAGUGUAUUUGCAAAAACAAAGAAGAAAGAUAUGAAAUUAAAGAUUUACUAAGCCAUGCCUUUUUUGCUGAAGAUACUGGGGUAAGAGUGGAACUUGCAGAAGAAGACGAUGGUAGGAAAUCCUCUAUUGCCUUAAGACUCUGGGUAGAAGAUCCUAAGAAGCUGAAAGGAAAACCCAAAGAUAAUGGAGCCAUUGAGUUUACUUUUGAUCUGGAGAAGGAAACUCCUGAUGAUGUUGCACAAGAAAUGGUUGAUGCUGGAUUUUUUCAUGAGAGCGAUGUCAAAAUAGUUGCGAAGUCAAUACGUGAUAGAGUAGCAUUAAUACUGUGGAGACGAGAUAGGAUCUGGCCGAUAUUGCAAUCAGAGGAUCGUCGGGAUUCUGAGUGUUUAGAAAAACAGAAGGCCACACAAGCACAACAGGUUCAGGUUACGUACCUUUCACACACUGGUCAUCACAUCCUGUCAGAACCAGAAGAACCUGAAGCUGACCAGCACCUUUCUCAGCAAAAUCUACCCACAAGCGUUACUUCACUUGCAUCUGAUAGCACAUUUGACAGCGGUCAGGGAUCCACCGUGUAUUCAGACUCCCAGAGCAGCCAGCAAAGCGUAAUCUACUCAUCUAUGCCCGAUGCAAUACCUCCUGCUAUUCAGAGGGUUUACAGCCCACCUCUCAGUGAAAGCCAGGCAUUGCCGCCUGGUCUUCAGCAGCUGGGACCCUACCAGCAGCCUCCAGUACCUGGACUUCCAGUGGUUCAGGCUCCAUCUGCUGUUGUAUCUCAGCGACCACAACAUUAUCAAGAACCAGCAAUCCCAUUCCCUGCUGUCCAUUCCACCACAGUUGCCCCUGCACAGAUGAGACAACCUCAGCCUGUGUUAGCAAGCCAGCAGCAGACCAUCCCACCUCCAGCUCCUCUACAGCAGGUCCUAGCCAACCAGCCCAUUUGUGCAGUGCAGCAGCCUGCGCCUCAUCUGUUGCCUCAGUAUCAAACUCCGACUUCUCAGGUGGCCGCUACCAGUGCAUCACUUGCCCCUCUACAGAUCCCCCCUGUGCAGCCACUUCAGCAGGUCCAACCUGGCCAGAUUCCUCAGUUUCCUGUCAUUCCUGCAGUUACUCCUCUGGCAGGCGUUGACACCCACCCUCCAAACCUGUCUGAUAUUCCUGCUGCAAAUAUGCCCCCUGUGCCUGCUCCUUCUCAGUAUUUCCCUUCAACUGUGAUUUUACCUGGCCUCCCCAUGAACCCUUCUCUGCCGCUGGCGUCCAGUUCUCCUGCCCUCCCCAUGCAAGCAGUCAACCUCCCUUGUUCUACUGUGGCUUCCUUAGUCUUGCCCUGCCAAACAAUUGUGCCAAAUAUGCCAUCUGCUCCAAUACCAUUACUUGCUGUCGCUCCCCCAGGAGUGUCAGCUUUGCCAACACAUCAUGCGGUAGCCCAGCUAUCCCAACAGCAAAUAUACCAGGCUACUCUCCAGCAGAUAAUUCAGAACGAAGUUCUUCCUUCUCCCCAUCACACUCAGAACAUGCAAGCAGUUUCACAGCAACAGCAGCAGCAGCAGCUGCCUCCACUUCCUCAGUCACUUCAGCCAAGCAUAAUUCAUCCUUCAGAACAGACUAUGUCUGCAUCUGGGGCUGGUAAUCAGAUCAUUGGACACCUUCAAUAUGCUGUGGAUUCUGGAGCCCAGGUGCCUGCAUUGCCUCUGCAGCCUUCUGCAAUUAUGUCUCCACCUUUACAAUUACAGCCUGAAUCAUUGCCUCCCUGCAUUGGUCCAGAAGGUCUUGCACAAAACUUCCUUGCUACAGCUAAUGCAGCAAUGCCUAUAGAUCAUGGUCUGCCUCUCCAGUCUACUGGUUAUCUGCAAUCUCAGCCAGAUAAUAAUCAGCCACUGGCCCAGGGUCCAGCUCUAUGCCCAGUUAUACCAGAAUCUUCUCAAGAGGAGCAUGCAGUGCUGGAGAAGCAGCAAACACUACCCCAAAGCUGUGAAAGUUAUAUGAGUGCUGAUGUUGCUUCUGGUAAAGAGAUGAGUGACAGUUUUGAAGGAACAAGUGGAAGUGGAAAGCAAGAGGUCAAACCUUCAAAGAAACACAAGAAAUCAAUGCGUACUCGUUCACGGCAGGAGAAGACCAACAAGCCAAAACUGACAAUUUUAAAUGUAUGCAACACAGGGGAUAAGAUGGUGGAAUGUCAGCUUGAAACGCACAAUCACAAAAUGGUCACAUUUAAGUUUGAUUUAGAUGGUGAUGCUCCUGAAGAAAUUGCUACUUACAUGGUAGAAAAUGAGUUUAUAUUACCAACUGAGAAAGAAAUAUUUAUUGAGCAACUAAAAGAAAUCAUUGACAAAGCAGAAGAUAUGCUUAGUGAAGAUACAGAAGGAGAACGAAGCUCUGACCAGGGAACGAGCCCACAGCAAGAUGCAUUCAGGCUGGAAAUCAAUGAGGAAAAUCGGCAAUCCCAAGCAAGAAUGCCAGUGUAUCAACAGAAUGUUCUACAUACAGGAAAACGUUGGUUUAUUAUUUGCCCGGUUGUGGAAAAUCCUGCUGCUGAAAUACCGGAAAUCUCUCCGCCUGUUCCCCAAACUACAGAACAGGCUGAAGCUCCAGAACCAGAGCAGUUGGAUGAUCAGCAGCAAAGCUCUACAGUGACAGACAAACAGAACAAUAUAGCUCAUCACCAGCUUUGCAGUCAAAGGAGUGCCUAUGAAAGCCCCAGGGGAACACCGCCUCCUCCUCUGACACAAGUCUCUGCUGCUGUGUCAUCUUCCCUGUCACAGAGCCAGGCAGAAACAUCAGCAGCAUCUCUCCCGGCAACAGCUCCAUUUGCUCUAGAACAGGCUGCUGAAAAUAUAGGCCAAGCAGAAUGCCCUCCGCUACGGUCUGCUUUACGCAGUCAGCCUAGCAGUCCUUCCCACACCGCAACUUCAGCUGAGGAUCAUUUUGAUGUUCAGCUUCCUAUAAAUCCCCCCAUGCAGGCACUCCAGCGAAUAGAUGCAAAUACCAGUGUCCCUGAUGCAGAGGCUGAACGUUGCACUGCUGGCCUGCCAAAACUGAUUCAGCCCAUUCCUGCACAGGCAGCAGAAGUCUGCCCACUCUCUGUUGUCUCUGAUGCUACUAUUUUGGAACAACAGCCUCCGACACAAAUCCCCCAUUUGUCAGACGGCAGUCAGGCUAGUCUAAUUCAGCAUUCUUUCGGAGGCCAGAUGAUUCCUAUGUCGGCUGUUCCUGAGCCUCUGAUUGUAGCAGCGACACAGCUUUCAAGCCCUCCCCAUGGUUCAGUAGUGGCAUCCCAGCCGCACAUAAUGCCAACCCAAGCUCAGUCUGUUCCAUCCACUGGCCUUGCUGGCAAUGCACCCCAACCACCCUGUGCAGUGGAGUCAGAUGGUGAAGGACCACCUAGGGUUGAUUUUGCUGACAACACAAUAAAAAGUUUGGAUGAGAAACUUCGUAACCUUCUCUACCAAGAGUAUGUUCCAACAUCUUCUGCAUCAGCAGCAACGCCGGACAGCUUUGUCCCUUUGGACCAGGGGGAUGGUGAAUUUAAUCUGGCACCUUUGUCCACGCUUGUCCUGGAUUUGAAAGAACUAAGUUGUAAAGUCCCAAGCACUGGCACAGAUGUUAAUGCUGAGGACCAAUCUACACCCAGUGCAACUUCUGAAGGGAAAAAAUCAGAAGAUAUUUGCACCAGCAUCCAUCCUUCAGAAAAAAGUCAUGGGUCCACAAGCAGAGCAGGCCAAGCUGCAUACAUUACUUCAAAUUCUGUCGCCCUAACAACAGGACUCCCUCAGGUUACUCUUUCAUCACCAAAUCUAAAUGACCAGAAAGUAGCUUGUAAAAUGAAUGAGAAGGCGAAAGUGGUAACAUUACUUGAAGAGGAGAGAACUAAAUCUCAAAGAGAUAAUUCUGUAGACUCAAGCUUUCAUGGAAAUCAGGCUGAAAUACAUAACAGUACACCAGCAAAAACUAUUGGGAGAUUUUCAGUGAUCAGCACACAGGAUGAGUUGACUUUACCAUCCUUGCAUUUCUUGAGGUACUCUGCACCUCCAGAUGUUUAUCUGGAUGAUCAGCCUUCUAGUCCUGAUACAAAGACAUCUUUUCGGCGAUUGCAGACAGCAUCCUCUAUUGAUGUCCUUUGUGGUCAUGAUUCUAGUGAUACUGGAGAUGAGUCUCUUCAGAGAAAACCAGCUGCUCCUCCACAGUCACCUCAGAGCAGUAGUGCAGGAAAUGACUAUAUGAAAAAGGCUUCAUCUUUACUGCAAAAGUCUGGAAAGUCAAGUUCACAAGGCCUUGAUUCCCCUAAUGGCCAUGGAACAAAAAUCCCAACUAUCAACAUAACUUCUUUCCACUCACAGUCAUCAUAUGUAAGCAGUGACAAUGACUCAGAGUUUGAAGACGCGGACAUGAAGAAAGAAUUACAGAACCUCCGAGAAAAACAUUUGAAAGAAAUUGCUGAGCUGCAAACUCAACAAAAGAGAGAAAUAGAAGCCCUGUACAUGCGUCUGGGAAAACCCCUGCCACCUAAUGUGGGAUUCCUUCAUUCUGCUCCACCAAGUGGCCGUCGAAGAAGAACCAGCAAGAAUAAAUUAAAAACUGGAAAAUUAUUAAACCCUGUACUUCAACAGCUCAAAACGACAACAUCUCAUACAAGCAAUGUAUCAGACUGCAAAGACACACUGGCUAAAGAAAAUGCUAACGCUCAGACUGGUUCUACUGAAGCAACUGCACUAACGUCAUCCACAUCAGCCAUACUUGGAAAGUCAGUUCAGACACAGCAGCCCUGCUCUGUCAAGGCCUCGUUGUCCACUGACAUCUGUUCUGGAUUAGCCACUGAAGGAGGUGAUGUCCAUGGAAAUUCUGGCCAAGGCUGGACGGUUUUCCACCAAACGUCUGAGAGAGUGACCUAUAAAUCUAGUAGCAAACCUCGUACCAGAUUCCUCAGUGGACCUGUGUCUUUGUCCAUCUGGUCCACCCUGAAACGACUAUGUCUAGGCAAAGAUCACAGUAGUAGAUCCUCAACAAACAGUCUGGUAGCAUGUCCAGACCCUCUACCGCAAACAACACUACAGGUACAGGUACAAGCAAACAAUAGUAACAACAAGAAAGGAACUUUCACGGAUGAUCUCCACAAGCUGGUGGAUCAAUGGACAAGCAAAACAGUGGGAGUUGUACAAGCUAAACCAUCCUUAAAUCAACUGAAGCAGAACCAAAAACGGCAAGACAUGGAGCCUAAAGCUAAUCCGACGCAGACACAGAAUGAGAUGUGUGGAGUUAAUUCAGUCAGAACAGGAAUGGGGGACAAGUGCUUUGUUCCAGUGUCUUGCCCAGUGCCAGCUGCAUUAACUCCUGGAGUUCCACCAUCUAUACCAGUGCCUAUGCCAGGUACUACCCUUUCUGGCACAGUAAAACCUUUUGUGAUGCCUCUUUGUCAAUUUGGAGGACUUUUUCCUACACCGGUUUUUGGAGUGCAUGGGUCAGGCCUGACAGCACAGCCGGGAAUUGUGGGAGGCCAGAGCACGGCCUGCUGUCCAGCUCCUGAAAAAACUGGCUUGCCUCUGUUGCCAGGGCCAGGGCAGCAACCUGUUGUCAGCCCACCAGGCCCUCACUUGAGAAUAACCUAG